CGUAGGGGAGGGCGAGUCUAACCAAGGGUAAGGAGAAACGUGAACAUAUCACUUGGCGGAGCCGAGUCGAGCCGUCGCUGUUGUAAAUUUGUAACCGUCGCCCUGCCCCUGGAUGCACAGGGCAGGCUCGCUACAUCGGCCCGUGUUCGCAUCGCAACGAACACAGCACUGACAGUAGGCUAUCUAGCGACCGGGGGAUGAGGGACUCCACUGCGGUGCAGAACCUAGCUUGUUUCUGACCUGUUUACCUGAGCAAUGCUGAGGGUGUAAGGAGGAGUGAAAAGGCUUCAUGAGUUUGACCAUUGAUGUGAAACACUGACGGAGAUGUGAAGCCAGUGCUUGGCACCAGAGUUCCUGACUGACAGUAUUGCCUUAGCUCACUGGAAUAAAUGAGGAGCCACAGAGAGCUACGCAGCACAGCUACGACUCACACAAGAAGCCACAAAGCAUGUCCUGGGUCAGCUCCUUCCUAGUGGCCAGGGUGGACGACCGCAAGGCGGCCUGGGGGGAGCGCAAUGGCAGCAAGAAGGGCCGGCGCCGGGGGGCCAGCAGCAGCUCCAACGGCUCCGGAUCGGGAGGAGGAGGGGGCUGCUCGGCCCUGUGCGGCCCGCGCUACAUGAGCUGCCUGCGGGACGCGGAGAGCCCCGAGCCCCCCGGCUCCCAGCAGCCCCUGCCGCAGCAGGCCGGAGCUCCGUCCAGCAGCAACUUCAGCUCGCGCUGCAUCUGGCAGGAGGACCACUAUGGCCGCAGCAGCAGCAGCAGCAGCAAGCCCGUCGUCGGCACGGGGCCGCACGGGGUGGACCUCACCUUCGACGACGGCACCGGGGAACCCAAGAGGAGGAGAACCGGCGCCGACGGGGAGGAGGAGGACGACGACGAGUCCGGGGAUGAGGAAUGCGGAAGGGGGAGAGGGAGGGGUCGGGGCCAGGCGGUGCUGGGCUGCCUAAUCCGUGUGGCCCGCGUCUUCGAGUCCAAGCAGUUCCGCUCGGCCAAGCUCGAGCGCCUUUAUCAGCGCUACUUCUUCCGGCUGAACCAGAGCUCGCUCACCAUGCUGAUGGGCGUGCUGGUGCUGGUGUGUGGCGUCAUGCUGGCCUUCCACUGCGCCCAGACGGCCUCGCCGGGGCCCGACGCCGCCUACACCGCCACCCUGUGCGUGGCCAUGGCCCUCUUCCUGGCCCUCAUGGUGGUGUGCAACCGCAACGGCUUCCACCAGGACUACAUGUGGAUGGUCAGCUACCUGGUGAUCGGCGUGCUGCUGGGGGUGCAGGCGUUCGGCGUGUGGAUGGUGGAGCCGCGCAGCGCGGCGGAGGGCGUGUGGUGGUCCGUCUUCUUCAUCUACAUCAUCUACACGCUGCUGCCCGUCAGGAUGAGGGCCGCCGUGCUCUCCGGCGCCACCUUCAGCGUCAUACACGUUGCCAUGUCCUGGAGCAAGAACCAGGAGGACAGCUUCCUAUGGAGACAGUUAAGUGCCAACAUCCUGAUCUUCCUCUGCACCAACCUGAUUGGUAUCUGCACGCACUACCCAGCGGAGGUGUCCCAGAGACAGGCCUUCAAGGAGACGCGCGGCUACAUCCAGGCCAGACUGUACCUGCAGCGGGAAAACCAGCAGCAGGAACGGCUGUUGUUGUCAGUUUUGCCGAGGCACGUUGCCAUGGAAAUGAAGGCGGACAUCAAUGCCAAGAAAGAGCAUAUGAUGUUCCACAAGAUCUACAUCCAGAAACACGACAACGUCAGUAUUUUGUUUGCAGACAUCGAGGGCUUCACCAGUUUGGCGUCUCAGUGUACGGCUCAGGAGCUGGUCAUGACGCUCAACGAACUCUUUGCUCGCUUUGACAAGCUGGCUUGGGAGAACCACUGUCUGCGUAUCAAGAUCCUGGGUGACUGUUACUACUGUGUGUCCGGGCUGCCUGAGCCCCGAGCUGACCACGCACACUGCUGUGUAGAGAUGGGAGUCGACAUGAUCGAGGCCAUCUCGCUGGUCCGGGAGGUGACGGGCGUGAACGUGAACAUGCGUGUGGGCAUCCACAGCGGGCGCGUGCACUGUGGCGUGCUGGGACUCAGGAAGUGGCAGUUUGACGUCUGGUCCAAUGACGUGACUCUGGCCAAUCAGAUGGAGGCUGGGGGAAAGGCGGGGCGUAUCCACAUCACCAAGGCCACUCUGCAGUAUCUGAAUGGGGACUAUGAGGUGGAGCCGGGCUUUGGGGGCGAGAGGAACGCAUACCUGAAGGAGAACAACAUCGAGACCUUCCUAGUGCUUGGAUGCAGUCAAAAGAGGAAAGAGGAGAAGGCAAUGAUGGCUAAGCUGCAGAGGGCCAGAGCCAACUCUGGGGAGGGCUUCAUGCCCCGCUGGGUGGUACCCGACAGGUCCUUCUCCCGAACCAAAGACUCCAAAGUUUAUAGGCAGAUGGGCAUCGACGAGGCCUCCAGCAAAGACAACCGCUGCACUCAGGACUCGGGUCUGAAUGCGGAGGACGAGGUGGAUGAGUUUCUGGGCCGUGCCAUCGAUGCGCGCUCCAUCGACCAGCUCCGGAAGGACCACGUCAAGAAGUUCCUGCUCACCUUCCAGACCUCCAACCUGGAGAAAAAGUACUCUAAGAAGGUGGAUGAUCGAUUUGGGGGAUAUGUAGCCUGUACACUAGUGGUGUUCUGCUUCAUCUGUUGCAUCCAGAGCAUCGUCUUCCCUCAUACUCCACUCAUGUUGGGGAUCUUCAUCACGAUCUUCGUCAUCCUCGCCCAUAUCCUCUUCAUCUGCUCCAUAUACUCCUGUGUUAAGCUCUUCCCAGUGGCCUUGCAGUCGGUGUCUAAGAAGAUCGUGGAGUCUCGCAUUACCAGCACCCUGGUGGGAGUCCUGACCAUCGUCCUCCUCUUUAUCUCCGCCUUCGUAAACAUGUUUACGUGUGAUAAAGAGGAGCUGGAGCGCUGUGUGUCUCGUGAGACCAACGCUUCAUUGAGCUCGGUGAAUCUGUGCCUCCUCCACGAGCUAGCGCUCAACGCCCCCGAUAAGCUAGCCCUCUGCCCGCGCCAGGAGCACCCCUGCCCCUUCCCCGAGUAUUUCACGUACAGCGUGCUGCUCAGCCUGCUAGCCAGUUCCAUGUUCCUGCACGUGAGCAGCAUUGGCAAGCUAGCCCUCACGCUCUUCAUCCAGAUGCUCUUCCUGCUGCUCGUCGAGUGGCCACUGGUGACGCUGUUCGACAACGCCGACCUGCUCGUCACCGCCAACACACUGUCUGAGGGGCUAAACUACACUGAUACACUGUUCUGGACCAUUUACAAUGGAACAGAGACUUGUGAUAGGACUGUGACCAAGGUGCCCCUGCGUGUCAUCACCCCUGUGGUCAUGAUGGUGUUUGUGCUCGCACUGUACCUACACGCCCAGCAGGUGGAGUCCACUGCACGCCUAGACUUCCUAUGGAAACUACAGGCGACGGAGGAGAAGGAGGAGAUGGAGGAGCUGCAGGCGUAUAACCGGCGCCUCCUCCACAACAUCCUGCCCAAAGACGUGGCGGCCCACUUCCUGCAGCGGGAGCGGCGUAACGACGAGCUCUACUACCAGUCCUGCGAGUGCGUGGCCGUCAUGUUCGCCUCCAUCAGCAACUUCUCCGAGUUCUACGUGGAGCUGGAGGCCAACAACGAGGGAGUCGAGUGCCUCAGGCUCCUCAACGAGAUCAUCGCAGACUUCGACGAGAUCAUCAGUGAGGAUCGCUUCAAGCAGCUGGAGAAGAUCAAGACCAUCGGCAGUACCUACAUGGUGGCGUCGGGGCUGAACGACUCCACGUACGACCGCGAUGGCCGCUCGCACAUCCUGGCACUGGCCGACUACGCCAUGCGGCUACGCAAGCAGAUGGCACACAUCAACGAGCACUCCUUCAACAACUUCCAAAUGAAGAUAGGUCUGAACAUAGGACCAGUGGUGGCUGGAGUCAUCGGAGCCCGUAAACCCCAGUAUGACAUCUGGGGAAACACAGUCAAUGUGGCCAGCCGCAUGGACAGCACAGGAGUGCCAGAUCGCAUCCAGGUGACCACAGACCUGUAUACGGAGCUGGCCAGCAAAGGCUACACGCUGGAGUGCCGAGGCCUGGUGAAGGUGAAGGGCAAAGGGGAGAUGACCACCUACUUCCUCAACAGUGGCCCUGAUCCCGACAGCAUAGCUGUCAACUUUGAGCUCGGCCCGAGACUUAGCAACAGCGUAAACCCCAUACGCUCAAUCUUGCACAGCUAAACCCUCCAUACAAUAGGCCCACUCCCCCAGCACAUACAAGGACCUCAUCAAGGAGUCAAUGGCAGAUGGGGCCUGCACCCUGGACCCCUGGACACACACACAUACACUCUCUCACUCUCUCUCUCUCUCUCUCUCUCUCUCUCUCUCUCUCUCUCUCUCUCUCUCUCUCUCUCUCUCUCUCUCUCUCUCUCUCUCUCUCUCUCUCUCUCUCUCUUACUCUCUCUCUCUCUCACACACACACACACACACAUCACACAGAGUUGCCCUGUCAUACUGGGGAGAUUUCCAAUCCACCUGUCCUGAAGCGAUGCUAUGUAUGUAUGUGAUUGUGUGUUUGAGAGUGAGAGAGAAUGUCAGAGAAAUAUAACGUGUGCGCAUGUGGGUGUGUGCGUGCGUAUGUGUGUGUGUGUGUGUGUGUGUUGAGAGAAGAAGACUUAUAUUUUUUCCGUGUUGACAUGCACCAUUGAGCAGAAUAAGGACUCUGAAGGUGCGUACAGUAUAACCUGUAGCCACAUGAAGGAAGAGAGUCAUGAACACGAACAGACUCACGACCAUGUUUCCUCCGGAGGAAACACCUGUGCUCAAGUACCGAUACAGUACAAUAUUUAUUUCACCCGCGCCAUGGAACAUUACAGAAGAAAAAAAAAAACUAAACUAAACUUAACUAAAUACAGAAAUAACAUUUAAAAAAAGAAUAAUAAUGGAACAAAACAAUGAACAACGACAAUGAAUAGUAAUAUAUGCAAGAAUUAUUAUUAUUAUGAAACGAAACGGACUCCUGCAACGUGGAUGAAUACGACCAAAGAAGAAAGGUCAGAGGUCAAACACUAAGUGCACAAGACGUGUGUGUCUACACAGCAGAGCAGCCCGGAACAAAACGACGACUAUGUCGCACCGGCUUUUUAUGAUGUUGUUUUCUCCUUUCUUGUUUCUACAAUUUAAUUUGCUCUCACUGUGUUACUUGUCAGGCUUGACAGCGAAUGCCACGUUCUUUGAUCGGCACAACUUUGCUCUGAUAUUUGCUCUGUGUGUGUGAUGUGAAGGAGAGGGUGGGGGGAGGGGGGGAGGAGAAAAAAAGUUAAUCUUGAAACAAACGGACAGCCUUAGAGACCAAAAGCAACCUUUUAUUAUUGAAGUGUGUGUGUGUGUGUGUGUGAGGGAGAGAGUGUGAGUGUGAGUGUGAGUGUGUGUGCGUGUGCCUGUGCCUGUGCGUGUGCGUGUAUGUUUGAUUAACACUUUUAUUUUCUUUUGAAGGAUUUUUUUCUUGAGUAUUACUGCAGAGGACAAUCUGUGACAUUGAAUUCCACAGGACUGCAGAUUGUGCAGUUGAAUGUUAUAAUGUUGUGUGUGUGUGUGUGUGUUUGUGUGUGCGCGUGCGCGCGUGUGUGUGUGCGUUUGUGUGUGUGUGUCUGUGUGUGUGUGUGUGUGUGUGUGUGUGUGUGUGUGUGUGUGUGUGUGUGCGUGUGCGUGUGCGUGUGCGUGUGCACUAUAUCUGUAAAAAAAAAGUGUUUGAGUGAGACAAACGUGAGAUAAAUACUGAAGGUUGUUUGACUGAUAAAGUGAUUAUAAUACUGUGCUUAAUGUAGAGAGGUUUAACUCUUCACUGUGAAGUGCAGUACGCCAUGAAAAUAGUUUUUUUUUUUCCUUGCCAAAUGAACUGCUGCGAGUCACGAGUGUGAAUUUUAUUAUUUGAAAUAUCCAGUGUUUGGGAUACAGUAUGUGUGCCCAUUCCUCUCAGAGUUACAUUCUGUUCAUGUGCUAAUUGGUUUUCUCAGAGAUGUUCUGGAUACUGUAUGUAAGGUGAUGGUGCAUUCCAAAAGAGCCGACCUGAACUGAACUGACCUAACACAACACAGUCUGGUGUCCUGAGUUGAACACUUUUGGGAGAGAUCUCAUAUACACUGUCCCACAGCCAUAGAGAUUUGCAGAGGCAGAUAUUCCCUGUUGUUCACUGUCCAGAGAGUAGAAGUUCUGCCACACAUUUGUACCAGUCCAUUCACUGAGCCAGCUGAUCUCUAGAUAACUCCCGUAUUUCCUCAGAUAAUAGCAAAAAAAAACAAAACAAAAAAAAAGUUUAAAAACCAAGCUACAAAUGGGGACAGGGUACAAUUCGAAGGAGUAUUUUAAUGCAUAAAGAAAUGACUUUUAUUUGUUUGAUUUUUUUUUAGACAAGACUACUAUUAGGGGUCAGGCUAUGAAUUGAGAAAUGACGGGUAUGUAUAUCAGCUAAAUAGUGAAAUGGCUUGUGCUGAUAUCACAGGCAGAAGUAAUACAGGAUGAUUAUGUAUUGAUGUAUUGAUUAUGAUGAAGAUAUGCAAAGGCACGCAUGCCAUGUUUCAGAAAGUAAAUGUCCUGAUACACAUUUGCUCAAGUCUAUUCCCUGCACCUGCUUAUCCCUAGGUAGAUACUGUAUACAAUACAGUACAUGGCAGGACCUCUACUCUCUUCACUUAAGUUUGUCCGCAGCUGAAGUCACACAGUAUGCCAUAGAUGUCUCCAAAGUCAUUGUCACUGACUGUCACUUCCUGAUCUCCUCCACUGCCCUCCACUGCCCUCCACUGUCCAGCUAGACUACUUCACAGCGAUGUGCAACACCUAUGCCUCCCAGGCGCCCAUUGUCUGCCGCCCUUUAUGACUGCUUCCCCAUUCGCCCAGCCACUCACUGACUCAUUGUCAAAAAUGUUGACUUGUUCACGUCUUAGUGCUCUACGCAGGUUUGAGUUGCAUUGGUAUGCUCCCUUUAUAAUGCACUAUGAAGUGAGCGCAUGCAGGGCCGGCCGCUGAGAGCUUUGGCCGGGGCCGGGACAAAGUCUUGUGAAAGGGCCUCUUCCUCAGUUCAUACAAUGUACUGAGGACAAGGACAGAUUACUGUAUGGGCCUACUGGGCCCAGGCCCAGGGGCCCAAGAAUCAAGUGGGCCCUGACGGCCAAGCCUCUACACUUCCAUUCUCGCGUUGCAUUAUAAUCUCACUUUUAACAACUUUUUACAUUUUCUCAACAACAUCAUAGAUGAUCACAUCUGACCUUAAACCCUGAAUUGUUUUGUAAACUAGCAACCACCAUUGAGGUGGGCCUUCCUGGUUGUCAGGCCCAGGGGCCCAUGGAAUCAUAAUUCGUCCCUGACUGAGGACACAAUGUCGACUCCACACCCAUUGGUCCCCACCUGUCGGCUUCCCUGAACGAGUUACCUUUUUUUUCUCUCAGAAAAAUUCACUUCAUAGUGCACUACAUGCUUGCAUUUGUUUUACUCCCUACGUAGCAUACUGUGCUGUGAACGAGUCGACAUUUUUGAGUGAGUAUUCUAUAGCCUACUCACUCUCCCACAGGGCGAAGCAGCUCUGUGCCAAGGUACGCCUCUUCUCUGAAGGCUCCAUAUGAAUGUAUGUAUGUGUGAACCAGGUUCCAUUGCUACAUUUGCGAUACAGGUGAAGUCACUACUCAUUUUGCCAGUCAAGAUUGUUUUUGUUUUUAUUUGUUAAUGUUUUUGUUCGUUUUGUUUGUUUGUUUUAAAUGGGGAAGGACACGGUGUGCAGAGUGCAUUACACAUUGAAGAACAACUUUUUGUGUUGGAAAAAUAAAGUCCAUGGAAUCCCACUGCAAAGCA